CCAAACGAUCUUUUCUCCACAAAAUGUCGACCCUUCUCGCACCUUGUCCGUGGAAAUUCGCACUGGUGGUAUUUCUACUAGCAGCCAGCUGCACGCAAGCCAACGACCAGGAUCAGGACCUACUUGCUUCGGCCUCUUCAUACAAGUCAACCAAGUCAACUUCCUCCCUAAAAUCGCUCAUCCGACACAAACGUGCGCUUGGCUUAUUCCAGAAGAUUGGCCAAAUGGGAAAGAUAAUCUACCAGCAGUACAACGACACCACCUGGACGCUGAAGAACAUCUACGACAUCCUGAGCAACGAGUUCACCGAUACUUACACGACGACCACCCCGGAUCCCCGGCUACCAACAACGACGCCGGAUCCGUCGAUAAGCACCACCGCCAAGUAUCGUAUCACCCGAGCGGAGCUCGGCCGAAUUCUAAACCGAAACUACCGAGGUCUGCAGAAGCUGUUCCGGUUAGAGUGGAAUGACGCUUGGAAUCAAACCAAAUACAACGUGGCAAUCUACAAGAACGAACUGAAAAAUUCCGUGUACGGACCGGGCAAUAUAACCAUCGCCGGAAGCAGUAAUAAUGCGGUGAAACCUUAAACUUAAACUUUCGGUAAAAGACUACUCUGAACUGAUGAAGGGAUUUUUUCUGUGAUAAAUAACUACCACAAUUGUACUGUUUUUUUUUUUUUGUAUUUUUCGUUCAUUUUUCAAAUGGGGAACAUUUAUCCUAUUAGGUGUAGAAGCAAAACAAGAAAAUCAAGUUGCUCAGUUCUAUUCCAUAAGUUAGGUCAGAAUGAAUCUUUAUUAGCAUCGACAAAAUUAACAGACAGAAGAAGCCAAAUCUGUUAAUUUUCUCGAUAGAUUAAUCAAUUCUGGAUCGAUAAUAUUAGGGUAAAGAUUAAGAGUGUUAGGCUAGCAAUACA